AAAACGAAGACCCUUCACCGAAAACUGUGGCAACUGGGGAUGGAAGCUGAAGAUAUGCGAUGCACAGAAAAAUGGGAAAUGGAAAUGGAGCCCUUCCACGGGACAAGGAAAUAACAGAAGACAUCUAAAUAAUCCGUCAUGCUUUGAUACUCCAAAUGAUUGUCAUUUUUGGAGAUAAAUAGUAUCUAAAAACGGGUCUUGGGUUGAUCUGAGAACUGGGGGGGAGCGGGAGGGGUCGAUCAUGGGGAACGAAGCGAGCCUGGAAGGAGGCGAAGGGCCGCUAUCUGGUCUACCUGAAGGGCUGGCACCUGACGGGAAGGGCGGCUUCGUCCGGGUCUCCGACGGUUCUCCGGUCAACCUGAGCGAGGAUGAGAAGAGGCAGCUGGCGGCGGCGAUGUCAAGGGCGCAGGGCAGGCAACCUGGAGCUCCAGCAGCUGCACGAAGACCUUCAGAAUCUGAUGCUCAGCAACACGUAGGAGCCUUAAGGGGCCCAUCAGGUUUAAGUAAAAGUCGAACUGUAGAUGCCUUCAACCAGGGUCCUCCUGGCAAACCCAAACCGGGCCGCAGCCCUUCUUCACUGAGCCUCUUUGAAUCCAGAUUCCGGCAGGAGCCAAAAGGCCAAGAGACAAAAUCAUCCGGCAUGUUUGGCUCCAGCUUCCUCAGUGGGGCAAAUCCCCUCAGUGCUAUGACGUCCUCCAUCUCGUCCAUGGGGGACUCUGUCAACAUUCCCAAGUUUGGACUGUUUGGGGAUGAGGAGGAGGGUGAAGCAUCGGCCAAAGCAGAGAACAAGCAGGGAGGGAAGCCAGCAGGGAAGGGCCCCCAGCAGGGCCCAGGACCAAAGGCACCACAGCAGGGUGUACCCCCAAAACAGCCAGGUCAAGUCCCUCCUGGGCAGGGGCCAAAGCCAGGCCAAGGCCCUCCUGGGCAGGGGCCAAAGCCAGGCCAGGGUCCUCCUGGGCAGGGGCCAAAGCUAGGCCAGGGUCCUCCUGGGCAGGGGCCAAAGCCAGGCCAAGGCCCUCCUGGGCAGGGGCCAAAGCCAGGCCAGGGUCCUCCUGGGCAGGGGCCAAAGCCAGGCCAGGGUCCUCCUGGGCAGGGGCCAAAGCCAGGUCAGGGCCUCCCUAGUCAAGGACCUGGACAAGGGACACCUAAUCAAGGACCCAAGGCAAUUUCUUCAGGGCAAGGACCACCUAAUCAGGGUCCAAAAUCCAGUCAAGGUCCUCCUGGCCAAGGACCAAGACCUGCAGGUCAGACGCAACAGGUACCCAGACCAGAUCAUAGUGGACCUGGCCAGACCAGAGGUGGUCCACCACAACAAGGACCUGGAAAGCCUGUGUCAAAACCGCAAGGACAGCAAGGCCCCAUGCCAGCCAAGGAUACUGGGCCCCCCAGUCAACAGAUAGCUGGAAAGCCUGCAAGUGGACUCUGCCUGCUGUGUAAAACGACCCAGCUCAACACUGGAUCUAAGGAGCCACCCAAUUACAAUACCUGCACUGAGUGCAAGAACCAGGUCUGCAGCCUGUGUGGCUUCAGCCCGCCAGACUCAGGGGGCAAAGAGUGGCUUUGUCUGAAUUGUCAAAUGCAGCGAGCAAUGGUAGGAAUGGAUCCCCCUGGCAUGUCGAAGCCUAUGCAAGGCUCUGGCCCCCCCUCGCCUCAGAGACAGGCACCUGGCAAGCCUGGGAAGCUGCUGAUAAAGCAGCAGAGCACCUCUGACCAAGGGUUAACACCACCAACAACACCAAGGCAGAAAUCCCCAGGUCCUUCAUCUCCAGGACCCCUUUCUCCAGGCUCUUCAUUAUCAGGAUCACCCAAAAUUGACCCCAAGACAGGACGCCCCAUUCAGCAGAAGUCCAGUCCUCAGCAGUCUCCUGCUAAAGCUAAACAGGAAUCAAGCUUCUUUGGGGGUCUGGGAGGUAUCAGUUUAGGAGGGUUCACAGAUUCAGCUAAACCCCCUGCAUCUGCUGCACAAGCUGCAGAGUCUGUUACAGGGAAACUGUUCAGUGGGUUUGGCGGAUUGAUGGAGUCAUCGAAGCCUCCUACAAAGGCUGCACCAAAACAAGAUGAAUCUGUGGCUGGAAAGCUGUUCGGGGGGUUAGGGGGCCUGACGGAGUCGACUAAACCUCCUGCUACUGCAUCUCAAAUGUUCAGUUUUGGCUCAUCGCUUCUAAGCUCAGCAAGCACUCUUGUCUCUGGAGAGGAAACCAAAGCACCAGAGUCUCCACCUGGGUCACCAGAUUCGGGACCAGGUUCUCCUCCAGAUUCUGAUCCUGGUUCACCUCCGGACUCUCCCUUCUCUGCCCCUGGUUCUCCUCCAGAUUCUGGCUCUGCCCCUGACACCCCUCCUGCCAGGUCCAAAAAGCCAUCCAGACACACCUCUGUGGAGCAGGAAGAGAAACCUUCUGCAGCUGAAUCUGCUCAGGCUCAAACCUCAGUUGCCAAGGAAAGCUGCCCUCUCUGUAAGCUGGAGCUGAAUGUUGGAUCAUCUGACGCCCCCAACUACAGUCUGUGCACUGAGUGCAAGAAGAAAGUGUGCAAUCUAUGCGGGUUCAAUCCUAAUCCUCAUUUAGGAGAGAAGGAAUGGCUUUGCCUGAACUGUCAGACCCAAAAAGCAAUGUCAGGCCAGCUGGGAGAUGUCGAACCACCUGUUUCCUCACCAAAGAAGCAAGAGCCUGCUCCACCCUCUGUCCCGUCUUCUACCCCUGUUCCUGGUGCUGUAGAUAGCAAACCUGUAGCUGAACCUCUAGAUCCAACCCCAAAUGCUUCUGAGAUCAAGGUAGCAACCGAAUCCACACCCAUUUCAUCUGAACAUAUCCACACCCAUUCCAUCAUUCCUAUGGAGAAAGUUCUUCAGGAAACACCUGAUUCAGAGGAAUUAAAGCAGCCAUUAGUUGACAAAUCAGCAUCUGAUCAACAUCUUUUAAAGUCAGACAGUUUAUCUGAGAUUAGCUCAGAAAGCCUGUGUGUUGAGAGCAAACAGCUUACUUCUGAGUAUAUAGCAGAGGAAGGUCCCCACUCUGACAUGAACCAAAACACACCGGGUGCAACAGUCAGUGACAUUUCAGAAAAUCUCUCUGAACAAAUCCACACCCAUUCCAUCAUUUCUAUGGAGAAAGUUCUUCAGGAAACACCUGAUGCAGAGGAAUUAAAGCAGUCAUUAGUUGACAAAUCAGCAUCUGAUCAACAUCUUUUAAAGUCAGACACUUUAUCUGAGAUUAGCUCAGAAAGCCUGUGUGUUGAGAGCAAACAGCUUACUUCUGAGUAUAUUGCAGAGGAAGGUCCCCGAUCUGACACGAACCAAAACACACCGGGAGCAACAGUCAGCGACAUUUCAGAAGCUAAGGAACAACAAAGUAGCUCUGAGAAAGCAACAGGGAAUCAUCCUGGAACUGACACAGAGAUUCCUAACGUUGAGCAUCAAGCAGAGUGUUCACCUGUUGGUGAAAUCUCAGCAGUUGAAAAGCAACAAGAUAGCACAGACAAUACGGCAGAGAGCUUUUUUUCAACUGUGGAAGUUGAGACACAAAUUCCAUUGACAAAUGCAGUUUCAGACAACACAGCAGCCUCCAUAAAGGUGGAAACUAGGUCAGAUACUGAGAUCACUCAAACUGAGGGUGCAGCUCUCCCAGAAAAUCAUCAAAAAGUUAAUUCAACUCUUGAAAAUCUGCCCGAAGUGACAGAUGAGGCAAAUGCUUCUAUGAUCCAUGAAUUUGUGUCACAGGAUACAUGUCCUGUAAAUACAGAUUCUACAGCUGCAGAUAUAAACAAGGAAUUAUGUGAAUCUUCAACUGACAAACCCCAAAACAUGACAGCAGAGCUCACUUUACCAGACACAGCAUUAGAGAUCAUCAAAAUUGAUGUCGUUGAAAGAUUUGGGGCAGAGACCAUUGCACCACUUGACACAAAUCAUGUUACUAAACAUAAUAUGGCAGCAACAGACUUGAUAGCCUCUGUAAACUCUGCUGCCAAAGUUGAUUCUCCAACAACUGACAACACAGGGCAAGAUGUACAAGCAACACCAGCAAACAGUUCAGAAAUUGACAUUUCUUUGGUCUUGGAAGAUAAAAAUGAUUUUGCAGCUUCAAAGGAAGUUUCUCAGGUAACCGAAACAAAAAGUGCGCUUAUAGAAGAAGAUGAAAAGGCAGAGCCACAAAGUAUGGCAGAUACUCCUCCCCCUGUUGUAGAUCUAUUAAAGAAAAAAAACAAUGCUCCAGAGAAAGCAAAUAAUAACAACUCUGAUGGAGCAAAUGAUUCAGUUAAAAUCAUAAAUAACAGUGAAGUAGCUGUGUUUAACACAUCGGAAAAAGAUGCUUCAUUAGGAGUUGGCUCAACACAUUUUGACACAGGAGCAGCAGAGAUGAUAAAAGAUGAAGGGGAUUUCUUAAAAAAAGAGAACAUUGAGGAGAAACUAGAGAACACAGAUGAUCAAAAGGUUCUGGUUAAACAUGGUAACAACGAUGCAAGUUUAAUUAUGGAAGUCAGCAACAAUCAAGCAGAUACUAUGGAGGGAAAAGAAGUAGGAAAGGAAAGCACAGCAGUAUCUCUCCCAGAGGAAAUGCCUCAAGAAGACAGUCAGAUAAAUAAAGACGUAAAGCAAGAAACAAAGUCUGAGCCUGUUGAGGGGAGCGCUGUUAAGACACUGCCAUUGUUAGAGAAACCAGAGAAGAAAGAAAACUCUUUGGUCGAAGCACAAGUUGCACCACAGAAAAGAAAUGAAAGCUUAGACGAUACCACAUUAAAGGUAGAUGAACAGUCUGACAAAGCAGAGCUUAUUUCUGAUCCACCAUCUGUUGAAUCAAGGCAACAAGAAACAGAUGUUGUAGAGAUACCCUCUGAAAGUGUACUACCUGUGUCAUCCUCAUGUGAUAUCAUAGAAACAAAGUCAAGAAAUAAAACCUGUGAGGAGGAAAGCUUGGAGGAUAAGGUAGAUGUUGGUUUGAGUACUGCACAAACUCAAAAUGAGCCUGAGAAAGUUGUUGAGCCAUCAGUCAAGGAGAAGGAGGCAGAAACUGACAAGAAAGAGGAUGAGUCACAGCCUGUCGUUGGCAGCCUGCAGGAAGCUAUUUCAGUAUCUGAAGCAAGUGCAGUAUGUGGCAAAGAUUGCAAUGCAGUGUUUGGUGUGGAAGUGAGCUCCACUUUAGAGAAACAUGUAGCUUCAGAAGAUUUGCCUUCUUUUACACCUUCAAUCCCACUAGCAGAAUCUGAAAUCCAAUCUGUAGUUGGUACGCAUGAUGCAGGUUUAAAGGAAGAAUGCAUGGAAGAGAAAAUGGAAGCAGAGGCUAAUCCUGUGGAAAAGCAUGGUGAUGACGAAGCACUUUUUGAGAUUAAAACAGUGGAGACCUUGAAAGAGCUUGAAAUAAAAGAAGAGGAGGCUAAAGAAAGCAGCCCUAUGAGCCCCUCAGACCUAGCAAGACUAGAAAGCUCUGUACUUCCAAUUCUGAAGGCCCCAGUGGGCACAGAGGAGGAGGAGAAACAGACCGACACGCUAAAGAUCAGACGCAAACUAGAGGUUCUUCCUAUCUCAUCUGAUUCUCCAAGCUCUGAAGAGGACAAAGAACUCUCAGAGAAGAUCGUCAAAGGUACUGCAAAGAAAAAGCUUCUUGUGGCGAUGGAUGUCAAGGCAGACUCCAUGGAUGAAAGCAGCGAAAGUUUCGGAAAGGAAAGCCCAAUGUCUGGAGAUGAGGAGGAUUUUAUCAGAAAACAGAUAAUAGAAAUUAGUGAAAAUGAGGAUGCCUCUCCAUCGGAUGAAGAAAGCUUAGUCAGACAAAAGAUCAGAGAGGAGGACAAGAAACAAAAGGAAAUCAACAAAGCUGAGAGUGUAGAGAAAAGCAUGUCAGGAAAAGCAAGACGAUUAACUAAGAAAACUGCUAUUAGUCCUGAAUAUGAGGAUGUUAAGGAAAUCACGUCCACAUUAGAUAAAUCUGAAGAGAAUGGACAAGAGCAACAAGAGGAAUUUCAGAACAAUGCUUCAGUUUGCAAAUUAAAAACAUUUGAGCUGAAUGUAACCAGUGGCCCCAUAUGUAUACCAGGUGAAGAUGGAGAGCCUGAAAUAGAAAGUCUGACAGACUCCCCUGAUGAUCGGUCCAGGGGUGAGGGGUCAUCUAGUCUACAUGCAUCUAGCUUCACUCCUGGAACAUCACCAACAUCUCUUUCAUCUCUGGAUGAGGACAGUGAUAGCAGCAGCCCAAGUCAUGUCCGUACAGGUGAAGGUAAACAACACAGAAAAGCCAAGCACAGACAGACUGGGCAAAUGCUGCCAACUAUUGAAGACUCAUCAGAGGAGGAAGAGUUACGGGAGGAGGAAGAACUGCUUAGGGAGCAAGAAAAACAAAAGGGUUCAGGAAAAAGGUCCAAAAAAGACAAAGAUGAGAUUCGAGCCCAAAGAAGGCGAGAGCAUACAAAGACACCACCGAGCAAUCUUUCUCCAAUUGAAGAUGCCUCACCAACUGAAGAGCAGAGACAGGAAGCUGAAAUGGAAGAGAUCAGACGGUCUUCCUGCUCUGAUUUUUCUCCCAGCAUGGAAUCAGAUCCUGAAGGGUUUGAGAUCCAUGCUUCAAAGAUUGCAGCAGUCCAAAAAACAUAUCAGCUGCCUAUAUCAGUAUCUCUUCACUCUCCAACUGAUGAUCAAAACACUGAUAAAAUGCAGAAGAAAGCUCUCAAAUCUGCUGAUGAAGCAUAUGAAGAAAUCAUGCUAAGGGCUAAAUCUCCAACAGUUGAUAAAGGUGAAAUUCAGUCAGAGAAGGAAUCUAUUUAUGGAGGCAGGCUUAUUGAAGACUAUGUCUACCCAUCUCUUCUGGACAAUUCUUUUGAUCGAGAAGAGCAAGAGAAAAUUUCUGUUCCUACUGAACCCAAAAAACUGAGAUCUCCUGAUGAAGUUUAUGAGGACAUGAUUAAAAAAAGAAAGGAAUUCAUGCAACUAGAGCAAGAAUAUGAAAACAUAAAGCCAAAAACUGAAACCUCUAAUCCAAAAAUUGUGCUGCAACCUGCUGAAAAUACUAUCCCCCAAAGUGGUACAAUAACAUUAGGAAAAGAUGGGAAGCCAUUGUUAGAUGCUGAAACUCUCUAUGAAGAGCUAAUGAAAAGAGUUCUAACACCAGGUACAAGCCCAACUCAGCCUGAGCCAAAUGAGGAAACUACUUCAUCAAAAAAGAUCCUUCACCCUAUUCCAGACUUAAAGGUAACACAGUGCUCCUCUGGAGAGUUGUCCUCUGAUGAUGAAAGUACAGUUAAAAAGGAACAGGAGGUAACAGAAAAAUCAGAUAUGACAUCAGCUAAGGACCCUGAGCCUGUUAAAGAGGUAUCUGAGGCUUCUCUGUUGAUUACAUCAGAUGAGCAACUUGUUAUUGAAACCUCAUCCUCUCAGGCUGAACUUGUUGACCUUUCUGCUCCCUUUCAAAGAUCAUCAAUCCCUGUGAUUUCUAAUGUGUCUCCCCUACCAACUGUCCCCCAGUACACACCUGGUAUAUCUAGUGUGGUGUCAACAGCUCCUCCUGUUCCCCCUAAACCAAAUAUUUUGCGCAGAGCUAAUUCUCAGGAAAAGGGAGAAGAACCUGUUUCAACACCCCAGCCUCCUCCUACUCCACCAAAGCCUACAGUUUUUCCCAGGAAAGCUCCAGUUCCACUCCCACCACAGGCUUCAGUAUGUAUCAACAAAUCAGAGUCAGUGGCUAUAACUUCACCCCAAGGAUCACCUGUAAGACAAGCUGUCACUCCAACAUACAAACCUCAUAUUCCACCCCCUGUUCCUCCAAAGCCAGCCAUAUCUGUUGUGGACAGCCACAGACCAGGACAUGGUGUCAAACCACCAAUUGCACCUAAGCCUGGUUCACAACCAUCUUCACCUGCUCAUGCCCCUCAUCCAACAAGACCUACUGUUCUUCCCACUUGCGGUAAUGACUCAAUCCUUAAUCUGAGUCCCUCUACAGAGAACAAGACAUUUCAACCUUCGUCAAAGUCUCCUUCUUCCCCAAGAUAUGCCAGCAAUCUUCGUGACACGUAUGUAGUCAUCACACUGCCAUCCCAGCCUAGUUCUCCAGUUGAGGGUGUCACAACUCAAGCCCCCUCUGGCCCUGGACCAGCAUCUCCUUCACAGCAAACUCAUGAGGAGAGUUAUUAUCAACCACACCCUCAAAACUCGUAUUCACAGAUACAUCAACCGACUCCUCCCCCUCAGACCACCAGGGUGCCUCUGGCAUACACACGUGUCACAGAGUCUAUUGAAAAACAAGAGAUUUGUAGCCCAGAAAAACAUGUUUCUAGUUCUUGUCACAUAAUCGAAGCAAUAUCUGCCUCAGCAAAGCCAUCUGUUAUGCCUAACCUCAUAUCUCAAGUUGUUACAACUGAAGUUCAAAGAACCACUGUUUCUGUUGUCCAUGAAAGAACACCACCUCCGGUGCCAGCUCCACGGGCAACUGGCAUUCCACUGUCGAUGGAGAAACCUAAGCCUCAGAUACUAGCACAGACUGAAACAACCUCUUUACCAUCUGAGGUGGUAGAUCUUAGAACUGUAAAGGUCGAUUCAGAAAUGAAUAUGACUGGUGUUGAUCUGUCCACUGGCCCUGAUUCAAGACGCCAGUCUUUUGUGAGUGAUGUCAGUCGUCACACCAGUGCAGUUCAGUCACCUGUGGUCAACCUCAGCACUGAAUCAUCCACUGUUUCUAUAGUGACUGACAGUAUUACUAUUGUGACCUGUUCCGCAACAAUCCAGCAAUGUGAAAAUGUAGAGUUUCCUCAAGCAACCUCAGUGCCCCUUCAACUAACCAAAAACAAGGUAUAUGAACCUGUAUCUCAAAUUAUCUAUCGACCAGUUGAGUCUCAACCAUCUGCUCUUACUACUACAGAAAUUCCAAUUAACCUCUCAGUGGGAUCAAAUGCCGGUACAGGAGGUUUCCAAGCUACUCCAAUCACUGUUGGACCUUCUUCUAUUGCAACCUGUGUUGCCAAUGGAUUAACUACAGGAAGAACCACAGUGGCAGGAGCAGUUGAUCUUAGUACUACAAAACCUUUUAAUACUGUGGUGUCAGUUGAUGUGACUUCUGCGGAUGUAGUUACAACUGUAAUCACAGAUGAUGGAAAACCGGUUGAUCUGACAGCAGGAAAGAGAGCCGUGUGCUGUGAUGUUGUGUACAAGCUACCGUUUGCAGGAAGUUGUGCCACUCAGCAGCCUACCACGCCUCUGCCUGAAGAUCGUUUUGGAUAUCGUGAUGACCAUUAUCAAUUUGACAGAACACCUUAUGGCAUGAGAGGGUUUAGUGGGAUUAAACCCUCGAUGUCAGACACCAAUCUUGCAGAAGCUGGGCUUUUUAUGUACAAGAGUAAGAACAGUUAUAAUUUCAGUGUCACAACAGAGGGAGCAGUAGAUCUCACAUCAGCAAAGAUAUCAGAUGCAGGUGAAGCAGUUGAUUACUCCAAGAAAGGAAGCUAUGCAGGAAUGAUAAUCCCUCCAUAUUCCAAUUCAAGUGCCACAAGCUCUGUUUGUUCACUUUAUGGCACCACUAGUGUUUUAAGGUCAUCGAAUGGAGUGGUCUAUUCCUCUGUUGCAGCACCAAUUCCAUCAACAUAUGCAAUUACUACCCAGCCAGGAUCCAUAUUUAGUACAACAUACAAUACCUUUUCAGGCAUGCACACGAGUGACACCAUGCCCUCUUUGUCCAAUCUCCAGAAUUUACCACUCACCAGAUCUCAAAGUUUUCUCUCAACUAUUUCCACAACAGAAGAACAAGGAGAUGCUCCUCUUAAUCUGGAGAUCUCUAAAGGAGGUAUUACUCCUGCCAAUGGUAGGCCUGCAAUGACAUCUUUAUCCCUUGACACAUAUACAGAUGCAUCUUUGGAGGCUAUAGCUGCUUCACUAGAAGCACUGUCUUCUCCAAUGGUUCCUGGAGAUGGCCAGUACCAGGCAGAGCGAGAGAGGCUAGAAAUGGAAAAGCUAAAACAGCAACGCUUGGCUGAGGAAUUAGAAUGGGAGCGGCAGGAGAUUCAGAGAUUCCGUGAACAAGAACAGUUCCUGGUACAGAAAGAAUUAGAAGAGUUACAGGCCAUGAAGCAGCAGAUUCUGACUCAACAAGAGGAGGAAAGGCAAGCACAUCUUAUGAUGCAAAAAGAAACUUAUGCCCAGCAACAGCAGCAACUUGAGCAAAUACAAAGACUUCAAGAACAGUUGCGUUUACAGCUAGAGGAGCAAAAGCUCCGUCAGAUGUAUCCAGGUGCUGACAUCCCAGGACAUGGUGUGCAGGAGGCCAUUGUUUUAGGACCAGAUGGCACAGUACUUUCUCGAAAAAUUACUGAUAGCGGAUGUCAGACUGAUGAGGAGGACGAAGCAUUAAGCAAGGCUUACACAUCAGGGAGAAAAAAGAAGAGUGUUAAAAAGAGUGUUGAUAGUUGUGUGCAGACUGAUGAUGAGGAUCAAGAGGAAUGGGAGGCCCAGAAAAGCCGACAAAGUCGCCCCCGUACUUCCAGAGGUGAUAGGGGUGGGCAGUCAGAGAUGUCUCUUCAAGCCCACACUGAAAUUUCUAUACAAACUGACACAGAUGGGAAUAUUAGAAUGGACACAAGAAUGGAGCUGUCAGACUCAGAAAGGACCUCACCAAAGAAACGCCCCACUCCCUUAGAGAUAGCUCAGUCUGCAAACCUCAAACCUGAAUUUUCUUCCCUUCAAGCUCACCCCAAAUCUCCCAAAGUACUUUAUUCUCCUGUAUCUCCAUGUAUAUCACCUAGCAAAUCCCUUGAGUUUGUGUCUUAUGAUAAGUCCCUAGGUGAUACAAGCCCACAAAAGCUAAGAGAAAGUAUAGACCCAUUAAAAUCAUCUCCAGCAAGUCCUCGAGGAGCCAAAACCAUACAGCGAUCCAUGUCUGACCCAAAACCUAUGAGUCCAACAGGAGAAGAAAGAGCAACAUCUGGCACCCAGUUUGGUGAAGGCCAUCAGGGGAAAGGAUCCAGUGUUACACCCACGGGUACUCAAAAGAAGGUGAAAAGGACUCUUCCCAACCCUCCGUCUGAAGAAGAUUCAACAACAAGUGGACAGACAGCAUAUACCACCAACUCUGCCCGUCGAAGAAUGUGCCGCAAUUCUAACAUGGCACGUGCAAAGAUCCUACAAGACAUUGAUCGGGAGCUGGAUCUGGUCGAACGAGAGUCUUCUAAGCUUCGCAAAAGACAGGCAGAACUAGAUGAAGAAGAGAAAGAAAUUGAUGCUAAGCUUAGGUAUUUGGAGAUGGGAAUUAAUCGGAGAAAAGAUGCUCUUUUAAAGGAAAGAGAGAAAAGGGAAAGGGCCUACUUGCAGAGUGUUGCAGAGGAUAGAGAUUACAUGUCUGACAGUGAGGUUAGUAACAUUCGAGAGACUAGAAGUGUUAGAGAAAGUGGUGAAGAUGAAGACAUUGAGGAUCACGGUCUGGAGCGUCCCAGGACUGCUCCUCACUCAGAACUUGAUGACUUUGUUCCUCCACAAACGAAGCAUGACUAUGGAAAAUAUUCUCUGUACCAAUAUCCUCAAAGUCAAUACCAGCACUCUAUCUAUCAGACCCCUCAAUCCUACCAGUCUCACUCUCUCUACUCCUCUGUUCCUUCACUUACUACUGCCCAGCAGCAGAGUUACCAGCAGAUGCUUUUGUUGCAGCAGAAAGCUGCCAGACAAGCUGCCCUUCUAUCAGAGCUUGAUGCAACUAAAUAUGAUGUUAUUAGUCGUCAGCCUGAUCCCACGCCAUCAGCUUAUCUUGGCGUUAAGUACGAUAAAUAUGGUAACCAUUUAGAUCUUAGAGCCCUGGAAGUAGGAAGUAUAGCAGGUAGCCCAAUGUCAGCUGUUUCUGAUUCAUACUACACAGAGGUAGAACACCACACACCUCAAAGUUACAUGCUGUUGGAAGAUGCUGCAGAGCUUGCAAAGACCUCCACAGGUCUUUCUUCCUCUUAUAGCCUUGCUGAGAGGGAGCUGGCAAAGGCAGAAAAGCUUUUACGUAGAAGUGCUGCAGAUCUUGGGUCUACUGAUUAUCUAGGCUCCACUUCCAGACUGCAUACUUUUGGAAAGACACCCGAUGAAGAGGAUACAAUGGAGGAACCCUAUGAAUUAAAGCUUCUGAAGCAGCAGCUCAAGCAGGAGUUUAGAAGAAGUACAGGUGGAACAGAAAACUUAGAACAACUGACUGGGCUCUCCCAACACUACUACACUCCAAGCUCUGGUGUUUCUAGUUACUCCCAAAGACAUUAUCCAAAGUCAGAAAAAUACAGCAUCAGUCGUCUUACUCUUGAGAAACAGGCAGCAAAACAACUACCAGCAUCAGUGUUGUACCAGAAACACAAAACCCCACUGAUAGAUCCAAAACUCUCUUCCAAAUAUGCCUCUAUUACAGACAGCAGGGGUUUGGAAACAGAUUAUAACUAUCUGGGAUCUACCAGUGCAUCUCCAAGAUCCAGUAGGCUUAUGCAGGAUGAGAUUACAUUUGGCCUUCGUAAGAAUAUUGCAGAGCAACAAAAGUAUCUUGGGUCUACCUUGGGAGCCAAUUUAGCUGGCUCCCUAAAUUUGGGCCAGAGCUUGGGCUUGGACUCUGCUUAUCCUAGUGGUAGUCGAUCGAGACCCUCAUCCAGACCUACAUCCUGCUAUGGCCUGGAUUUGUCAAUCAAAAGAGACCUCUCAAGUUCUUCAUUGAGGCUUAAAGGAGAUGGAGAAUCAUCAGUAGAUAGUCUGAGUUAUCAAACCCCCUCUGGUCGCACCAAACCCACUAGCCUUCCAAUUGUGCAAAGUGGCCGUGGUCGAAUACCUAUUGUGGCACAGAACUCAGAGGAGGAGAGUCCAUUGAGUCCUGUUGGGCAACCAAUGGGCAUGGCUCGUGCAUCAGCUGGGCCUCUUCCACCUAUCUCAGCUGAUUCAAGGGACCAGUUUGGUUCAUGCAUGUCCCUACAAGAUUCCCAGCUGCAGCAACAUAUGAGAGAAGAGCCGACAAGGGGUAGGAGUUAUGUACUGCUGGAUGAUCUUCAAGGCACAAUGUCUGAUAGUGAAGCUCUUUGUGAUUCCCUGAUGGCUUUGAACAGAGACGGUGCAGCUAAUGCUUAUCAUCUCAGACGAGAAGAGACAGACUGGUUUGACAAACCAAGAGAUGGACGGCCAGAGAACGGACAGGAAAAGAGACAGCAGGGAAAAGGGCCAUACUAUCCAUUCCCUCACCUCAGGGUCAAACUGCAGAGGGAUCUCAAAGACCGCAGUGUCACAGGAAAUGGUUUGGGUAUCCGUGUGGUUGGAGGGAAGGAAGUUCCAGGUGGGAAGGGAGACAUUGGUGCCUAUGUUGCCAAAGUCCUACCUGGUGGAGCUGCAGAACAAACAGGAAAAAUUCUUGAAGGAAUGCAAGUCUUGGAGUGGAACGGUGUUUCUCUGAUGGGGAAAACAUACGAGGAAGUUCAAGGAUUGGUUGGACAGCUAUGUAAUGAGGCGGAAGUGUGUGUUAGACUUGAUCUUAAUAUGCUGUCUGAGCCUGAGGAAUCCCAGCACCUUGAUUUACAGGAGCACAGCAAAGGGGAAAAACCUCCCAGGUCUCCAGGCGUAGAUCCCAAACAGCUAGCAGCCGAGCUGCAGAAAGUGUCACAGCAGCAGGGUCCCAUGUCUGCAUCCUCUUCCAGCCUGGCAGCUCCAACCUCAGCGACAUCUAGCCCCGGUCAGCCUGGAUCCCCUUCUGUCAGCAAGAAACGCCACACCAGCAAGACUACAGAGGGAUCCAAAGCGCACUCUCAUCCCAUCUCUGGAGAGAUACAGCUUCAGAUUCACUAUGAUAAGCAGCUGGGCAACUUGAUAGUUCAUGUCCUGCAAGCCAGAAACCUCGCACCACGGGAUAACAACGGCUACUCGGAUCCAUUUGUAAAAGUGUAUCUACUACCAGGGAGAGGUCAGGUCAUGGUUGUCCAGAAUGCCAGUGCUGAAAACAAGAGAAAAACCAAACAUGCAGGCAAGAGCCUCAAUCCUGAGUGGAACCAGACAGUCAUCUAUAAAAACAUCCAUCUGGAGCAGCUGAGAAAGAAGACUCUGGAAGUGAGCGUUUGGGACUAUGAUAAGGGUUCUUCUAAUGAUUUCUUAGGGGAGGUCCUUAUAGAUCUGUCAAACACAGCCCAGUUGGACAACAUUCCUCGAUGGCUUCCACUUAAAGAGCAAAGCGAAGGAGACCACCACAGACGUUCCCACUCAGGCCAGGGCCGUCAUGGUUCCUCUAAACCCUCCUCGCAGCAUUCGUCCCCUAAAAUCACUGGCUCUGCACAUGAUGGUCAGGAUUCCCCCAAAUCAUCUGUCACCAAGAGCCGAAGCCAUGGGAUCUUCCCAGAUCCAGCCAAGGACACACAGGUGCCCACAAUCGAGAAAUCCCACAGUAGUCCUGGCACAUCGAAGCCUUCCUCAUCCGGGGGCCAGAGCCAAAGCCCCAGCCAUGGACACAGCCAGCACUCUCGCUCUCAUGGCGCUUCACGCUCCAGCAAAAGUGCUGCAAAGCAGCACCAUCAGGACAACAACACUGGAAGCAGCGGAUCUGCUGCUGUAGCACAGGGCGAAGCCCAACAACAGUCACAGCAGCAGCCACCACAGCGCCUCCCACCAAGACAAAGAAGCCACUUCUCGCUAAGGCACCAGAGACACAGCGUAGUGGGUGUGCUCACCAUUCAGAGAGCCCAGUCUGACUGGCUGCCUGCCCUGCCAUCAACCAUGACGGCCAAUGCGAGCAGAGCAGACGGCAGACUCCUGAGCCUCAGGAAAGCCAUGUCAGAGGAGAGGCCGCAGAGCAUCGGAGCUCGGUCGAGCUACAGAUCCAGCGAUGCCCCAGUUACUGCGGCCUCAUUAGACAGUGGCCUGAGCGGUAGUGCUUACAGCCUUUUGGACGAAGAAGGGGAGACAAAUGAAGUGGACAGUGCUAUCUUCCAGGUUCCUCGAUUUGGGAAGAUCCCAAACGGCACUGACGUGGUCAAAUCAUCAACGGGACACAGUGAUGUUGAAGGAAAGACCCAAGUAAUGGGAGAGAUUAAGAUCGCUCUGAAGAGGGAGAUGAGAACAGAGGGGGAGCAGCUGGUUCUGGAGAUUCUUCAGUGUCGCAACAUCACCUACAAGUUUAAGUCUCCAGACCACCUACCAGACCUUUAUGUGAAGCUCUAUGUGGUGAACAUUGCCACUCAAAAAAGGAUCAUCAAGAAGAAGACGAGAGUGUGCCGUCAUGACCGUGAGCCAUCGUUCAACGAAACGUUCCGUUUCUGUAUGAACCCAACAGGACACUCAUUACAGCUUUUCCUUGUGUCAAAUGGUGGAAAGUUCAUGAAGAAAACGCUGAUCGGAGAGGCCUAUGUGUGGUUGGACAAAAUCGACUUACGCAAACGAGUCGUGAGUUGGCACAAGCUGCUGGCUAGCACGGCUCAGAUCCACUCAUAGGGGGACAAGAAAAGAGAAAUAUGAUGGGUUUGUGACUUCAGUGGGAACUUAGCUCUGCAUCUGAGAAACAGGUCCUGUUUGGGGGAAGGGUGACGCAAGCUCAAGAGGAGGCAAAAGCUCGUCAUCUUAUCUGUUUUUUUGGACUUAAGGGACUUUUUGUUCAGAUGCUGUCAGCAUAAAGACCUUGGAUUCAUGUUUACAUGAAAAUAAACAUGUUUACAGCAAGAAGGGUCCAUUAUAAUGUAUCCAGGAAGAGACGCAAACACACAGGUGUUGAGGUCAGCAGCUCAACCAGGUAUUACAUGCCUUCAUUCACAAACACACUCAUGCACAUGGUUACUUUGCACAGGAUCAUUUCCACAGAGGAAGACCCAUAAUUCUAAUGUAGAGAUACAGGGAACAGACACAUUUCUAGAUGUUUGUUUAUUUAAAUGCUUUAUCCAAUGAUGAUUCUAUUUCAGCACUUAUUGCUUAAUUCAGAAUUUUAUUGAAUUUAAAACAUUAUAGAAAUGACAGAGAAAGAUCUGCCACAGAAACAUAUAAUUUAUUUUUCUAUUAUAUUAGCAUAGAAGUCUAUUAUUUAUCUCAGUUAUUUAUCAGAUAUUUUAAAAAUCCUUGUUUGGAAGGAAGCAUAUUUUCCAACACACUACCUAUCUACAGUAGCAGACCAGAUCAAUGAAGAAAAAAGCUUGUUAUAAAUUUUAUAAAUUAAUGAACUACUGAACUUUGCCUCCUUUUUAAGAUAAUAUUUCACUGAAAUUGUUUAAGAAUUAACUAAGACUUAUACAAAAUUGAAUACCACACAAUAUAUUGCGCACAUGAGUCUAUUCAGCAUGCAGCACUCCAUGUUUCACCACUAAACAUCACCUCUGAGACCCACUUUGUAAAUAGAAAGUCUUAUUUGGAGAUAAAAAUAAAUAAAUAGAUACUUUAUCACAGACAAUCAAGUCUUGACUAUUGUGACAUUAAGGUUUUAUUUAUCCAUGAUGCCCCUGUAGAAUGUACGACAUCGUCCACACUGAGAUUUCCUGUAUUUGCUUUGUAAGUUCCAGACGUGUUAUGAAUCUUAAAGUGCUGGGAAAUGCAUUAGUUGUCCACACAUUUCUUCUGUUUUUGCUUUUUUGUCAGACUUAAAUGUUUCAUGACUUCAAACUAUUUUGAAAUCAAACUUCAUAAAAUCCAACCUUUAUAAAAGAAGCUAAAU